GCUGCCACUCGGUCAAAAAAAAAAAACGAAGCCGGCAGAAUGCAGUGGCUUAAAAUGAAGCUCCGCUUUGUAAAUCUAAUUUUACUUUUAAUCAGCUCAGCAUGUGCCCAAUUAGGAGGCGAUCCCAACGGGUACCUUACUUACUGUCCCUGUAUGGGACGCUUUGGCAAUCAGGCGGAUCACUUCCUGGGAGCAUUGGCGUUUGCCAAAGCCCUAAAUCGCACUCUUAUCUUGCCGCCGUGGGUUGAGUACCGCAGGGGUGAACUGCGAUCCCGCCAGGUGCCAUUUAACACAUACUUUGAGGUCGAACCACUGAAGGAGUACCAUCGCGUCAUUACCAUGGCGGAUUUCAUGUGGCACCUGGCCGAUGAUAUUUGGCCGGAAUCAAAGCGUGUUUCUUUCUGCUACAAAGAACGCUUUAGUCUGCAUCAGGAAAAGAACGAUCCGGAAAAACCCAAUUGCCACGCCAAGGAUGGAAAUCCAUUCGGCCCGUUUUGGGAUACUUUCCACAUAGACUUCGUGAAGUCGGAGUUUUAUGCUCCGCUGCAUUUCGAUGUCCACCACAGCAACGAGGCUGUUAAAUGGCAGGCCAAAUAUCCGGCGGAAUCCUACCCCGUACUCGCCUUUACCGGUGCUCCUGCUAGUUUUCCUGUCCAGUUGGAGAACUGCAAACUCCAACGUUAUAUGCAAUGGAGCCAGAGGUACAGAGACGCGGCAAGGGAUUUCAUCGAGGAACAGCUGCCACGUGGCGCCUUUGUAGGGCUUCACCUGCGCAACGGCAUUGAUUGGGUAAGGGCUUGCGAACAUGUCAAGGAUAGCCAGCACCUCUUCGCCUCGCCGCAGUGUUUGGGUUAUAAGAACGAGCGAGGAGCCCUCUACCCAGAGCUCUGUAUGCCCUCCAAGGAGUCCAUUAUCCGCCAGCUAAAGAGGACUAUCAAGAAUGUGCGCCAGACCCAACCAGACAACGAGAUCAAGUCGGUUUUCGUGGCCUCUGAUUCAAACCACAUGAUAAGCGAACUUAGCACGGCGCUUAGUCGCAUGGGCAUCAGUGUGCACAAGCUUCCGGAGGAUGAUCCCCACCUAGAUUUGGCUAUUCUCGGACAGUCAAACCACUUUAUCGGCAACUGCAUCUCUUCUUAUUCGGCUUUCGUUAAGAGGGAACGAGAUGUGUACGGAUUCCCUUCAUAUUUCUGGAGCUUUCCCAAGGAGAAAGAGCGAAAACAUUCCAACGUGCACGAAGAGCUGUAAUUGAUCAUCAGAAAGCAAUACUUAAAUACUCGAACAGGACAAUUUUCGGUUUUCAGUUUCAAAGCUAAAAAUCUUUAUCAAAUUUAAAUAAUUUUUCUGCCUAUUUAAAAUAAUUUGUUUUAUAUAUCUUUGUCAGUAUGUAGUUAAGAAUUAUUUUUACGUCACUUUCAAAGGAUUUUAGUUCUCAGUGUCUAAGCAAAAUGUUCCAUUUCACAAACUUCAAAAGAAUUUAGUUUAAAAGUAAGUCUGUAAGCUUAACACACAUAAUAAAACAAAAACGAAUUUAAUUUAAGGAUAUAUUAGAAAAUUGUAUAUCAGAAAAUUUGACAUUUAUUUUUUUAGCUUCAAAUCCUAAAAAUUUGUUGAAAACCGUUAAAUGCCUUUAUAAAUCUAAACAUACAUAUAGAAUAUUAAAGUAUUCCUCGCAUUUAUCUAGCCA